AUGCCCGUUGCUCUUCAUAUCAAAACACAGCUUGCAAAGGACAUCCAAAAGUCUGGUGGUAUCCAAGCUUUAGGGCAGAGACUUGAGGAACUCCUCAAUCGCAGAGAAAAUCUUUACGGGCAAAGAGGCAGCGCACAACGUCGACAAAUUCAAAACUUGGUCCAAUAUUGGAAGAAAUUGUCUCCAGACAAGUACUGUGAAGUGGUUGUGAUCCCCCUUGUCCUUACUGAUACACCUACCUGUACAGAAUCUGGUCUCCACGACAAACCACAGCAGCCAUCACCACUGCAACGAAAACAAAAACAACAACAACAACAACAACAACAACAAAAACAAAAACCACACCCACAACCGCAGCCGCAGCCGCAACCACAGCCUCCUCAACCACAACCUAUCCCUACCAGGACCACAACCACCAAGCCCACAUCCAAGUCCACACAAAAAAACACCAGCAUGAAGACCAAGAAUGAGCUAGGCAAGAUCCUUGUGGUCCAGCCUAAGAUUGGUCUGUAUUUCUGCAUUGCCUGGGUCGACAGCAAGCUGUCAAACCUUGAGAUUUGCAUUAGUGAUGAUAGGCACUCGGUUAUUCUACGCUCUAAAAAACCCAAGCCAAAAAGUGCCAGUGCACUGCUAUCCCAGUAUGGUUGGGCAGCUGAUUCUGAAAAUGUUGUUGUGUCUGCUGUGAAUGAUGAGCUCAAGAGGCUCAUGCCAGAUGGCAAGGACUGUACGGAUGAUUGGAAAGAGAAACCAAUUCUUACAUUGGAUGAAGAGGUUAUUCCCCAUUUUGUUGACUACAAAGGCAACCCAACUCAGGAGAAUGAGGUUUUAUAUGAGUGUGAUGAGGAAGGUCGCCAGAUGAUUACUUUCUUCCUGAAGUCAGUGGACUCUCAUCGUCUUUCCAGCAAAGGGAUGUUUGUCAAGAAGGGUCGACGUGGUGCCAACCCUGAGGGUAUGGAUAUUGGUUCUGAUGGUUCUUACUGUGAAGAAACGGUAGACUCAUUGAAGGCUGAAGUUGACAACAAAUUGGACAAACUUUCUGACAUGAUGAUGAAAUUCAUGCAAGUGUCCACGCACCAACAAAGCCAAUUUUUUGCGCAGGUCCAGCAGCAACAGCAGCCACCGGCACCACAACAGCAACCAUCCAAUCACCAGUUCAAUCAGCAGCUACCAUUCCAGCAACAGGCAUUCCACCACCAGCAGCAGCAAUUCCAGCAGCAGCAGCAGCAGCAGCAGCAAUUCCAGCAACAGCAGCAGCAGCAAUUCAAUCAACAGCAACAGCAGCAGCAGCUCUACCAGCAGCAGCAAGAGAAGGAGGCGGUAAGUGGUCUGUUUGGCAUGAAAUAUGCCAACGCACAGCCAGAUGGAGCCCGUUCAGGGCCAGUUCUUGAGUAUUCAUUUGAGGAUGAUAAUGAAGUGGCCCUUGGAGACUAUUGA